UGCUUUAUUUUAAUGGUUAAUGGUUGGUGAGAAGACCCACAAGAUAUUGAUGCUUAACCAAUCAUCUAAUAUUUCAUGAAUGGGAAUUGGGAAGCAAUAUGACCUUCCUGUUUGAUCAUUUGAUUCAUUUCAUACAAAAUCAACCUUGUUAAUUACUACACUUCCUGCAUGUUACACAUUUUUUUUCGAUUGUAUCUUUCUUAAGAGCCCCAGUUUGAGUUGACUAUUAAUUUGAAAUAGGACAUUGGUAUUUAAGUAAAGAAGAACAGAUUAUCCCAAAAAAAAAUUUUAUUUUAAAAUAGUAUGACUUAUAGAUCGGCUGAUCUUGGCUUUGAGUUUAAAAAAGUUGUUUUUUUUUUUAAAAAAUAAAAUAAAAAAUAAGGGUAAGACUGCAGAUAUUGUGACGAGUCUUUCUCUACUAUCACAAAGAUUUGCUCGGAGUCUUGUGACCUAAAGCUGCCUUCUUAUAACUAUAACAUUCAUGCAUUUUUAACUAGUAAAUGAUUUCUGUAUACUGCUGAAAUGUUUGAUGAAUGAUGUUGCACCUGACCAAAGCCAGUAAAGCCGGAAAGGAUUGGAAUCUCAUAUUGUACACCAGCUGUUUGGUUAAACGUCCCAGCGGGUUUUGGGCUUCUCUUAUUUGUGUCCAUCAGCCUCAUCCAUUUUGCUUACAUAGUUCCUUGGGGUUGUUCAGAUGACAGAAUUCCUACUCAUCGGCGUUUGACUGACAAAGUAUUGACGGCAAACAUGAGUACUAGUAGAGGUGGAAGCAGUGGCGGUGGACAGAGUUCAUUAGGAUACCUGUUUGGAUCCGAUCAGGAGUCGAACAAACCUCCAGUCUCCCCCCCAGUUACUAAGGCACCAUGGGAUGAUGAUAACAGCACAAAGAAACCCCCAAAAAGUUCUAACUCAGAGAAGCUGAGGGUCUCCAACAAUUACCACAGAGCUCAAGGCCAAAACUCAGGCAACUUCCUUACUGACCGUCCGACGACGAAGGUUCAGUCACCUCCUGGUGGAGACUCAUCUCUUGGGUACUUGUUUGGCAACAAGUGAAGUUUUUUCUACUAAACUCUCUCGGUCCCUCCUCUUCUACUUUUCUCUCUGUGUUUGCCAAGGACCUAGUAGCUAGAGAUGUGGGUUUUGUUAUCUUGAAUCCGUAGAUAAGGGUUUCUUUUUCUACUAUGCAAUAAUGUAUGUGUGUAUGCGUGUGAACUGUGAAGGGGAUGGAAAAAUGAAGCAUGAAUGUAUUUAGGGCUAUAAGAUAUUACUGCUGUGAUAAUCCAGAGGUUUUUAAAUGACAUUUAUGUAAGUGGGUGCAUUUGAUAAUGGUAUGUUUUUGCUCA